UCCACUACUCCAUUUAAUCAUUCCUUCCUCUCCAUAUUCUGGUCUUCUUCUCCCUUAUUUUUAACCUUGUUUGCCAGUGUUUCCCACAAAAUAGAGAUUGAUUUUCCUCAUUUGACAUGGCUUCUGUUCUUCCUUUUCUUCAUCUCAACCUCGACCAUCAAACCAUCCCAUAUAUUUCCCAUGCUCUCCUUCAAAGAUCCACCUUCAACAAAAAAUCCACAAUCCUCUCCCUAACAAACAAACCUUCACUCAUCAUCCUCAACACACACAUGAUCAAAUGCUCUUCCUCUUCAAUCUCAAGCAUAACCACCGACGUGGACGAAUUCGAACAAACCCUUUUCCUCGAAGAAUCACAAGAGCCACCACCCUUGAGUGAAGUAUGGAAGGAAAUCCAAGGCUGCAACGACUGGGAAAAUCUAUUAGAUCCAAUAAACCCUCAUCUACGAAGAGAAAUCAUUCGCUACGGUGAAUUCGCUCAAGCAUGUUACGAUUCCUUCGACUACGAUCCACACUCAAAGUACUGCGGAACAUGCAAAUACCACCCAUCACAUUUCUUCAACAAGCUUGACAUGGCAGAGAAAGGCUACACCAUCACACGUUACCUUUACGCAACCUCAAACAUCAACCUCCCUAACUUCUUCCAGAAAUCCAAACUCAGCAGCAUAUGGAGCCCACAUGCAAACUGGAUGGGUUACGUGGCAGUUUCAACCGACGACCAAGAGAUCAAACGUUUGGGUCGUCGUGACAUAGUCAUCGCAUGGAGAGGAACCGUAACAUACGUCGAAUGGAUCUAUGACCUCAAAGACAUUCUCCAAACAGCUAACUUCAAAAACGACCCAACCAUCAAAAUCGAAUUAGGUUUCCACGACUUGUACACCAAAAAAGAAGACUCGUGUAGUUAUUGCUCUUUCUCCGCGCGUGAACAAAUCCUCUCGGAGGUUAAGCGUCUUCUUCAAUACUACGAAGAGGAAGAGAUAAGCAUCACGAUCACAGGUCAUAGUCUUGGUUCUGCUUUGGCUAUAUUAAGUGCUUAUGACAUAGCUGAGAUGAAGUUAAACGUUGUUGAAGACGACGAUGAUGUUAAGAUUAAUAUUCCUGUUACUGUUUACUCUUUUGCUGGUCCUAGAGUUGGGAAUUUGAAGUUUAAGGAACGGUGUGAUGAGCUUGGAGUUAAGGUAUUGAGGGUGAUUAAUGUUCAUGAUAAGGUACCAACUGUGCCUGGGAUAAUAACAAAUGAGAAGUUUCAGUUCCAAAAGUAUAUAGAGGAUGCGUUGUCUUUUCCUUGGAGUUAUGCUCAUGUUGGGAAAGAACUUGCAUUGGAUCACACUCGUAGUCCUUUUUUGAAAGCGACGAAUGAUCUUGGUUGUGCGCAUAACUUGGAGGUUCAUUUGCACUUGAUGGAUGGGUAUCAUGGGAAGGAGAAGAAGUUCCAUUUGGCAUCAAAACGUGACAUAGCUCUUGUGAAUAAGAGCUGUGAUUUCCUACGGAGUGAGUACGGUGUACCAUCCCAUUGGCGACAGGAUGAGAAUAAGGGAAUGGUUAGAACCGGAGAUGGACGGUGGGUUUUGCCGGAACGACCAAGAGUGGUGGCUCAUCCGCCGGACACCGCUCACCAUCUUCAGCAAGUGCUAAAGAACCACCCCGCCGCUCAGCAAUUAGGAACCACAUAACUUUUUAUUUUUGUUUUUUCUAUUUUUUUUAUGGGGGUAAAAAGCUUAAAAAUUAAAUAUAGGAAAAUAGUACACUCGUUGUACACCAUAGUAGUUCUCUUACAGAGAAAUCAAGUGAGAUCCAUCGUUAAAGAGAAAAAAAAAAGAGGAGAUGGAAUUUUCGAUAUGAGAAAAUAUUUAUAUCAUAUAAAGUGAGAG